AUGGAACAGGGUGAAGUCUGGCGUCUCCUCAAAGAUAUCUUCAGCAUAUCUCAAGAUGCAGAUUUUAUCAUGCAUCAGCCAGCCAUCCGUGAAGAUGUGUACUCAUACGAGUAUGAAGAUGGACCAGGCCCUGACACCCAGAACCUCGCCUUCAAUCUCACACAUGGAUCUAACACCCCUUGGAAUGCAAGAAUCCUCGAUAUGCUACUUAAAGAAUUGCAAAGGAGGAAUGUGGAAGAGCAGUGGCCGUUCCAAAGGUCAGAUGGGUAUUAUAAAGUGAUUCUUGAGGAUCGCUAUAAGCGGCUGUGGACGGCCUGGAGAGCAGCACAACCAAAGGUCACAGCAAAGGGCAUCUUGGAAACUGCAGCAGAGGUGGAGGAGAGGUUGAUCACAAAGAGAGGCAAAAAUCUGAAGUCGGUUUGUCAAACAACUUGUCAGCGGAAUAAAUACAUUCGCAGAGCAAAAAUGCUUGAGCAUAUCAUCAAGCUGAAGGACGAUGAGGAUGAUGACCUACCAGCUUGGAUGUGGCUUCAAAAACUAAUCAAGACACUGGGAGAUGGUGGCAUGAGUUCAGAAGAAAGCAACGUGGAAAACAACGUACAAUGUGUACUCCGAGUGAAGAACAUGGCAUGGCGUCAUGGGAUAGAGUGA